CAACGUGGUAAAAAUGGCUGCAUGUAUGAUGCUUGCGUGUGUUGUGUUCGCUGUACAAUUAGUUUUCUCGCAGUCUACAGAUGAAACAUGUCGCACAUAUGCUGGAGGACAAGUAUUUCCACAAGAAACUAGACGAACUAGUGGGCACACCAUCCAAUGGAGUCAAGCUGUUAUUUCCAAGCCAGCACCAGACUUCAAUGGCACAGCUGUUAUUAAUGGCGAGUUCAAGGAUAUCAAGUUGUCAGACUACAAAGGAAAAUAUCUGGUUUUCUUUUUCUAUCCACUUGACUUUACCUUUGUAUGUCCUACUGAGAUCAUUGCUUUUAGCGACCGAAUCAGCGAGUUUAAAAAAAUCAACACUGAAGUCUUGGCCUGUUCGGUGGACUCACAGUUCACGCAUCUGGCAUGGAUUAACACGCCACGUGAGCGAGGUGGACUUGGCAAAAUGAAAAUCCCCCUCCUGUCCGACAUCACUCACGACAUUUCAAAAGCAUAUGGCGUUUACUUACAGGAUCUAGGUCAUACACUGAGAGGAUUAUUCAUCAUCGACCCAAAGGGAAUCCUUCGUCAAAUAACAAUGAAUGAUUUACCUGUUGGCCGAUCUGUGGAUGAAACACUACGACUCGUGCAGGCAUUCCAGUACACAGACACCCAUGGAGAAGUGUGCCCUGCUGGAUGGAAACCCGGCGGAGAAACAAUUAUUCCUGAUCCAAAAGAAUCACAGAAAUAUUUCAGAAAACAGAAGACACCAGAAGAACUGUAAUAAAAGAGCAGAUUAGACUAUUUUCUCUUGAUCUGAUGAAGUUCACAUGGUGGCUUCAUUUCAUCUUUGAGAAUAUCUCAUGACUCAAAAUGACAAUAUACUGUUAAGAUCUUGGUGAUUUUGGUUACAUCUGUUUCUCAAAAUAUCAAAACUUGUAAAAUGUCUGUCCCUUGUUUCUCUGUUUCUGAUCUGUCAUUUUUCAUGUUGCUUUCUGUCCCCAUGUCUUACGUUUCAGGUGUUAAAUAAUUAAUUCUUGUUUUGUUCAUUUCUAACAAUAAGUUGGGUAAUGGGAAUUUUAUGUAUUUUGUUCACCGUCUUAUUAAUAUUUUAAUUUCAUUAAGUGAUACACAUUAAAUGUCUUUAGCAAAUUAUUUAUAAAAAAAAUUGAUAAAGUUAACAUUAUCAAGACAAGAAAAACCUUCCUUUACUGAAGGAAAUUAAUAUAAAUUAAGGUAUUUCUAGUUUCUGCAUAAUUAUCCAUGUUGAGGUUGGUGGGCACUAAACCCACUGGGCCGAGUUUAUGAAGCCUGUUUUUCUUAAACGCAGGUGUUUAAGCAUUGUAAAUGUAUGUCGUUACACGCGUGUAAGUCAAAAACAGGCUUUGUAAAUUCGAUUCAUAGUGUUUUAUCAUAUCUGCAGAUCUUGGGUCACAAACUUAUAUUAAUUGCUUGUUAAUGCUUCUUAGAUUUGUAGUUGAAGUAAAACAAUUGACUUUGCAAGUUAAUGGGACUGAAAAAUGAACUUGAGGGAUGCUUGUAUUUAAGACCACAUAUAUUCUGUCAGAAUUAGGACAACUUAAUUUUUUUGUUUUAUGGCAGAUUAUUCAAUUAAUACUCGUAUACCUAUUGCAUUUAAGUAACAUUUUACCUUGUACGUUUAAUGCUAUGAUGAUGAUGGCUCCUACGGUAUUCUCAUUACAUCUUAUGCAAGAAAAUUAAAAAAAAAAUUUAUCUAGCAUGAAACAAAUUUUUUAUCUAGCAUGAAACAGAGUUAAUGCAAAUAACCCAUUUAACUACGUCUCCCUAAUUAUUGAAUAAUAUCUCCUGACAAGACCACUUUUUAAAAAUACAUUUACUUCUUCUGACUUUAUUUUUCAUUUACCAGUCGAAUCAUUCUUUGACACUUUAUUUCCUCCUCCAAUACAGUUACCCUGGUCAAAGUAAAAGAUUAUAUUUUCAGUGGGGUUUUUUCAUGUUAAGGCUUUGGAUAUAUGCAUUUGAUUUUAGUAAUUAAUUUCUUUUGUUGUCUGUCAGUUAUUUUUCAUUACUAAAAUGUUUUAUGGUUGCGUAUUCCAGGAUAAUCAUAUCAGAUGGUGCUUCUCUAUUUUUCAUCUGUUUAAUCAAUUUGCUCAAUACACUGUUACAGCUUGGAUAAUUUUUAGGUGUAGUUAGAAAUAUUGUAGUAAUUUGUAAUGUCUUAAAUGUUUACAAUGUAGGGUGUAAAACAACUGAAAUAAAGGUCAGUCAAUCAGAAUUGUUAUCCAGUUUUGGGACACAGUAUCAAUAGAUAUAAUAGAUUAAUGUUUUGUUAUAGCUAAUAGAUUAGGAUGUGAAAACUAUGUAUGAUAUAUCAAAGAGAAUGAGCAUGAUCUCACGAACAAGAUCUGUAAAGAUGCAGAGUACUCUUAAGUCAAACUAGACUUCUCAAUUUUCGCUAGGGAUAUACCAAAUAUAUGUCAUGAUUAACAAUUUGUGCACAUCUUAAAUUUGUGAAACAGGUGACUACUGAAACUAUGCAGUUUGGCUGUCCCAUACAUCACGACAUGACGAAGCAUGACUAUAAUUAGAUCUGUCGUCCAUCAAACACAAAUAAAUUUAUUUGUUUUACUCAACAUGUUUUUCCAAAUAUCCGUAGCGAAAUUUGAGUAGUAUAUUAAGUUAUACGGUUGUGUUGCAAUUCCCCCCAUUCCCGACUUAUGACAGUUGCCCUCAGAUUAACAACUAAUAAGUCUUAGGAGUUUUACACCACAAUAAUCGAGUUGUAAGAGAGUUCAGAUUAGCAACCGGACAGUCGUAGAAGUCGUAAGAUCGGUGAGUUGUCAAACUCCCAUCAUGAAAGUUGAUAGAGUGAGCUUAGAAUUUUUACCCCAAAUAAAGGUAAAAUAUGUUGAAUUUGUUUUUCCACAGUGGUGCAGUGGUAACUAGUCAAAUAUUUAGUGUAUCAUUUAAUAUUUACAAUGGUGAUUAUCAUGACAAAAAUUGGACUUUAGGGAGGGUUAGUGAAUUUUGUGUGUGUGUUUAUAUACAUCUAAGAUUACAGCACUAAGCUAUGGGUUUAAUGAGUAUUUUUUAUCAGCUGGGUGUGCUGAGAUACCUCAGUUUUUAUGUCAAGAAAUGUUUUUUAUGUAUGGAAGCAAAUAUAUAGAUUCAGAUGACAAUGUAUAGUCAUGUCCGACUUUAUUUUUCGUCUUCUACUUUGUUAUUAGUAGUGUUAUACUUAGAUAAAUAAUAUAAGAUGUACAGUUGCUGUAAUUCUUAAGUACAAUCAUUGUUUUCUUUUACAUUUUGUUAUUAUUUUCAUGUAAGACAUGUAUGUUUAAUCUGUAUUUACUUGGUUCAGAAUGAAUUAAGAAUGUACAUUUUUGUUGUAUUAUUGUGGUGUAAAAUAUUAUUUUACAUAAAACCUUCUUUUUUCUUCUUUCUUUUGAAAGUAAAUUUUGCUUAAAUUAUAAGAACAAAAUUAGUAUUCAAGAUGAAAAAUUUACUAUCAUUUAGAAACAAAUUCUAUUUAUGUUCAAGGAAUUGCAUUUGGUUAGGUCAAAAUUGGAGACAUUUCACGAUUUAACUUCGUAAUGUUGUAUGUUGAAAUUUCAUGCAUGGUCAUUAUAAUUUGUUCAAAUAUUUCCGCACUCAUUCCAUUUAGGAUAUUUCCCCAUAGUGAACCAUGAGAAAUAUCUGCUUUUAGCAUGUAUGGAUGUGUAAGAUAAUAGUUCAUCUAUUGUAGUAUUCCUUGUAGCUUGUUGGAGUAUGUGUGCUACUCAGUAGACUUGUAUAUUGGCUUCUGCACCACAUCGCUUGUUAAAAUCUUUGCCAGUAAUCACUUGGGCAUUAGUACUUGAUAACUCCUGGAAUUGUAUUAUAGGUUUCAGUGUAAAAAGAAGAAAAACUACCACCAACCAAUUCACAAAAAAACAAACCCUACAGUGUUUGUUGAAAAUAUUUACUAAAAUGGUAAAUCUCACAAAAGUUACCUGUACAUGGUUGACAAGAGUGUACCUUUGUGUGUGGGUGCACAACAGGUUUUGAUACUGUACAUAAAUUAAAUUUAAAAUUUACUUUUUAUUACUUGUUAAUUAUUCAGGAUGUUACUUUUUCUGCUAACUGUUAAAUUUUAAUAUUGUAGUUCAUUGUUUAUAUUCUUGUUAGCAAUUUCUUUAUGCGAUACAAUAUUCUUUUGUGGAAUCUGUUAAAAUUAUUGUGGGUUUUUUUAUGCUAAAGGUGCAUAAUCCUAGUGUAUUUUAUUAACACAACUCCUACAAAUGUUUUAUGUCAUAAAGUUCAACAAAAAAAAUUGUUUAGCGGAACCCUCUCUUGAACAGUUUUCAUAUCAAACCACAAUAAAACAAACAUGUUCACUAUUGGAACCAAAAUGUUCUUUCAAUAACCAAUUAAAUUCUUUUUCUUUUGAUAUUUUUGUGUUUGAUAUAUGCAGGGGUUUCAAAAUGGCUAAAGUAGUUGAUGGUCAGCUAUGAUUGUGCAACUUGAUUCUUGUUAAUAUGUUAAUUGAAAAAAUAGUAAGUUGGAUAUAUUUUGGCUUUAUCUUAUUCACUGGUGUAUAUAACAUAUAUUAAUUUUUAUCAUGAAAGAUGCAUAUAAGAUGUCAAUUAUAAAAAACUAAAAUGAAUCAAAACUCAUUUUAACUAAUAAUAAUUAUUAAAGUUUGACUUACUUUACAGUGGCGUAGGAAGGUGCCAAAAAGUGGGAGGGGGGGGGGGGGAGGGGUGCACACUUUUAUAUUUACACACUUUUACACUAUUAGCAAAAUAUCCGAAAAAUGGGGUGGGGGGCACAUGCCUCCUUGCCUCCUCCACUUACUACGCCAGUGCUUUUAGUAUGUAUUUUCUACACUGCCUAUCAAAUAGUUCACGUUAUUGUUCAUCAAGUGGAAAAGACUCUGUAAUGGAUGGUUUUUGACAAAUUGUUUGGUGUAUGUAUCUUUCUAAAUAAAAUUUCAUUUGAAUGUG